AUGGCAACGCUGAACCAGCUGUUUGACCUUCCAGAGCAGAUUUGCUACGUCCAAUGUGGGUUCUGUGACACCAUUUUACUGGUUAGUGUCCCAUGCAGCAGCCUGUCCAUGGUGGUGACUGUGAGAUGUGGGCACUGCACCACCCUCCUAUCCGUCAACAUGAUGAAAGUCUCUUUUGUCCCUUUCCAGUUUUUAGCUUCUCUCAGCCAUGAUCAUCAAGAAGAAGAAACCAGUCCAGAAGAAGUGUAUGCGCAAAGAGCCUUGGAAAUACAGAGAUCAUCAUCCAUGGUGGCCUUUUCGGACAACGAAUUAGAGGAUGACAAGAACCCAGUGAACCGUGCCAUUAAUAAACCUCCAGAGAAAAGGCAAAGAGCACCAUCAGCUUACAACCGUUUCAUCAAAGAAGAGAUCAGAAGGCUCAAAGCUGAAAAUCCAAGCAUGGCUCACAAGGAAGCCUUCAGUACAGCUGCAAAAAAUUGGGCCAAUUUUCCCCCAGUUCAUUCCAAAGAAGGUGGAGAAAGUGGUGGCCAGGAAGAAGAGAAGGCAACAUGGAGUUGUGAAGCAAUUAAGGUCAACACUGGAGGCAAAGGUUUCCAUGAAAGGAAGGUUCCAAGGCAUUCCAUUUGGGCAAACACACCCUUCGAGUGA